CUUGAUUGUGAAUAAUAAAGAAGAAAUGCGCGAAGACAAGAAUUCGAUGGCAAGCCAAUAUUUGGCUUUGAAUAAGUAGUUGGUUCGAACUACUUAAUAAGUGAAGACGUACCGCUAAAUACGACCGAAGCAACACAACACCCCAUCAUCAAUUGUGGCUCUUUUGUUUAUCGUGUUAUAUCAAACUAUAGUUGUUGUGACACUUAAAAUUUCGCUUCACAUUUUAAAUUGUGCGCGGUGAUAAUAAUAAUUCAAAUAUAUGUGCCAUCGAAUCGCUUGUUGCAAGUGAAUUUUGUCAAAGUUUUUAUUUCCCUGCAAUUUUAUAUUUUCGAAACAAACACUAUAGUGUACUUAGUAUACUAAGUGUAUAAUAACUGUAAACAUGUUAAUACAAACAUAUAAAUGUGGACUUUUACUACUCCUAGCAUUUUGCUUUUUUGACAGCAUAUCGUCAUCUCCGCAAAGAAAAAUAAAACAAAUUCCGGCCGCCAGCAAUGCAACCACCUUACACUCGGCGACAAAUCAAACAACAGCAACAAAAAGAAUGCUAACCAGACUAACGGAUAGCUAUUUGCCACCCACCAUGCAAGCACUAGCUUAUUAUAUUGAGCUACUUCAAUACGAACCGGUGCACAUGACGACAAUUGAACCACCAUUUACAAUUGCAUCAUCGACACCAACAUUUCCGAAUCUAUCACCAAGCACACCAAAGCCGCCACCAUUUCAACAACCAGUAACUUGGUGGUCUCCACCAUCGACUACCACGCAAAAAGCCACGACAUGGUGGAGUCCACCAUCAACAACAACACAAAAACCAACUACUACUUCGUGGUGGACAAAUCCAUCAACAACAUCGUCAUGGUGGACCACCACAACACAAAGACCUUGGUGGAAUCCACCCUUUGUUUCAUCCGAUUCACAAUCCGAAUCAUCAACGACGACAUCGACGACGACGACGACGAAAACAACAACAAAGACACCUCGUCCAAGCACAACAACGCCGUCAUGGUGGCAUCAAGAAACAACUCCGUUCCAUAAGCCCGGCAACGUUCAGCCUGAUUCACUUUUACCACGUCCAGCUAGUAAUAGCGAAUCAAUGAGGGAGCCAAAUAAAGCACCACAAAUGGGCGAUUUGUCAUUUUUGAGCAUAUCAAGUUUUCCGCAUUUCGAGUAUUUUGUAAAACCGAAUUCAAAAUCAUUUGUCAAAAAGCCAGAAUAUGAAUAUCUUCAUCAAUUUCCAGCCGAAUUAUUGCAAGACAUUGAAAGUGAAGAACCGCACGAACGAAAAGGUAGCGAUCUGGAAAUUGCUAAUGAUUUCCGACGUAUUUAUGAUGAUUUCUUUGCACGUGUUCGUGUAUUUUCACCAAUUACUGGCAAAAAACGUGUGCCACCAACACGACCUUAUGUGCUAUUUUUGAUCUUCUACGAUUUGUGCAAACGUGAAGCGAAACGCUUAAAUUUGCAAGAAUUUACGGGUUACAGUCCAACAAUGUUGGAAAAACUGCACGAAAUAUCAAAAUACUCAGCCGAACGGCAAAUGUUCACAUUAUUGGAUGAGUUAUACCAACAAAAAUCUAUCGUUUCCAACGAUUUUACAAUGCGAAUGAUGGAAAUAAUGACAGAUCUUUCUAAUCCAAAUAGUGUAACGGCGAAAGCACUAAGAAUUCUACCACCGCUCAAAUUUGAGCCAUAGUGAGCGUUAAUGAAAAAUAAUUUACGAUUAAAACUAGAUACAAACUAAACAAACAAAAAAAAUCGAUUUUAUAGAUAUAAGAUGAAUUUCCUUCCUUUUCCAUUUCAACGCGACAAUA